GAGAAAUGGAUCAAACUGCCAAUUAACCAAAAAAUGAAGAGGGGUCUUCUCCUACUAAACGCCAUCUUCCUCACCGUUGGAGGCUGCGGCGGCCCCAUGGUCAUGCGCCUCUACUUCCUCCACGGCGGCAACAGAGUAUGGCUCUCCAGCUGGUUGGAAACCGGCGGAUGGCCCAUCAGUUUCAUCCCUCUUCUCGUAACCUACCUCAACCGCCGUCACAAAGAGGGUCCCGCCGCCAAGUUCAUCUUCAUGCGAGGUCGGCUGUUUUUCGCCUCCAUUCUCAUCGGUGUCCUCACCGGACUCGACGACUACCUCUAUGCCUACGGGCUAGACCGCCUCCCAGUAUCGACCUCUGCCCUUGUGAUCGCGUCCCAACUCGCUUUCACCGCGCUUUUCGCAUUUAUUCUGGUGAAGCAGAAGUUCACUCCGUAUUCGAUUAUCGCAAUAGUGUUGCUCACCGUUGGAGCGGGAACUCUGGCGAUUCACACGAGCAGUGAUCGGCCUGAGGGAGAGUCCAGCAAGGAGUAUUACAUGGGAUUUAUCAUGACGGUCGCGGCCUCGGUCUUGUACGGGUUUGUGUUGCCGUUGAUUGAGUUGACAUAUAAGAAGGCAAGACAGGCUAUUACUUAUACGCUGGUGUUAGAGAUUCAGCUGGUGAUGGGUUUCGUAGCUACUGUAUUCUGCACUGUUGGCAUGGUUAUCAACAAGGAUUUCAAGGCUAUUCCAAGGGAGGCAAGAGAUUUUGGACUUGGCGAAACAAAAUAUUAUGUGGUGCUGGUUUGCAGUGGCAUAGCUUGGCAAGGUUUCUUCCUAGGGGCAAUAGGAGUCAUUUUUGCUGGUUCAUCUCUUCUCUGUGGUAUCAUCAUCGCUGUUAUACUUCCGAUGACUGAAAUCCUAGCCGUUAUUUUCUACAAGGAAAAGUUUACCCCAGAGAAAGAAGUUUGUCUUGUUCUCUCGCUUUUGGGAUUCAUCUCAUAUUUCUACGGCGAGCUAAAGGAUGACAAGGCGAAGAGUGAAGCUCAAACUCCAGAAGCGGAGACGCCACGAGCUAGUAGUGAUAUAAUUACAGGAAUGAUUGCGGAUGCCUCGACUGAAUGUUGUGCUUGAAAUAGGUGUACUGAAAAUUAGUCUGGCAUAUUCAUACACAGCUACUAACAUCUACAAGAGCCUUCAAUUCAAUGACUACAAUUUCGUAUCACGGUAAUAGAGCACGCGCGAUCAAUUUUCUUGGAAAUAAAGUCAUAAGUAGUGUAUUUUUUGGAACUGCAGUCUCAUUUUGAAGCUGUAUGAUCCUGCAGCUAGUGUAUUGGUUUUGAGGCAAGGGUGGAUGGGUGGUGCUUCCGGUUACCGCCAUUGGCACUGGUACUGCUGUUGCUACAUUUUGAAGUUGAUUUUUAAAGCUUAGAGUCUAGGUGCUUUGAUGAUUUUAAUGAACAAGAUGUAACCUUAUGGUAUGGCCUUAUAUAUCUGAAUUAGUUGGCUCCUUGUCAGCCUAGCCUUUUCUUUUUUGGGUUCUUGGUGGCACAUGAUUGUCUGUGUUAAAGGUGUCAACCUCCUUGGGAUGUUUGGUAAUGAUGCCGUCGUGCCCAUUAUCCUUGUGGUAUUUGUACCCAUCUUUCGAAGAUUAAGAAAGUCAUUUUCUUU